UCUGCGGAGCCUGAACGACAGCUCCCCCCAAUCUCCGCAUCCCAUACUACAAUAUGUGGUCCUUCUAGACCUGAAGAAUCUCUCGACGCAAAGCUUGGUACGCGAAACCGGGAAAUCGGCUGUCCCAUUAAAACCCAAAAUUGAUCGCCGUCCGCCAGAACAUCGAUCUGGUCACCUGGGCGCUUCGAGAGGCCAACCCACGCUUUCCGGGUCUGCUCGCGGCGGGUAGUUAUGCGCUAUUAUGUGAGCACGGCGGACGGCGCUGAUGUCAUCCAGUGUUCAUGAUCAAUUACUCGUGGACCCAUGCGGGGAUCUGGAGCAUCGCCAAGCGCGUGCUGCCGGA